CUCACCACAAAUAGGGAGGUCAGCAUCCUGAAGUGGUGCUUGUGUCAUGGCAGCUUCUGGGUCUUUGAAAGUACAUAAAGGGCACAGUCUCCAAGCUGGUCCUAAAGGUGGUUACGAGAUGCUGACACUUCCUGCAGAACCAGGAACUUCUAGCCCUGAGGAACCUGAAGGGGCAGUAGGAUAUUCAGCUGAUGCACCAGACCGACCCCACAGUGAGACAGCCACCUAUGUUAAUAUUCCUGUCAGCCCUACUUCCAAAAAACAACUUCAUUACAUGGAACUGGAACUUCAGGAACCCAGCACAAGCAUAAGAGGGACUGGAUCAUCCCGAUAUGCACAGAUUGACAUUGCAGCCACCGAGACAGCCCACAAAGUGGGAACGCAGCAUGCUCAGUGCCGGGAGGAACGCUUGCAGGAGCUGGAGCAGAAGAAGAAAGGGGCUCAGCAGUGACCUGUCUAGGAAAGAACUUUUUGCUCACCGUAAUUUGGUACUAAUGUAUGUUCCAAAAGAUUGAUCUUUAUGGUAAAAAGUACUCCAACAAACACUGCUACUGCUUAUUGCAUUUAUACCAGAUUCGUUCCAAUAUCAUGAUUCCUAAUUGGAAAGCUGGUAGCAUGAGGUGGGUGUGUGGUCAGUCUUUUUAUUUUAAUUUGGUUGCAAAGUCCAGAUUAUUUUUUCAUAUGCAAUGAAAGAUGUAAAUUACCUAAUUUACAAUUUACCAAUUCUAAAGUCCUGGAAGAAACCUGGAACCAAUUCCAGAGUUUAUUAAAUGGUGGCAUUUUCUUUAAAAAUAAGAAACUUGAAUGUG